GGGCUCUUGCAAGAGAUGCACCGCCGCCUCACCGCCGCUGCCACGGCCACUGCACUCCGGCGGUUCUGCAGCCACCGCCCGCCUCCGCCACCGGACCGGCGGCUCGCCUUCCUCCGCUCGGAGCUCGACGACCUAGACCUCUCCCGCGCACCAGCACAACCGCCGCCCCGGGAGCAAUGGCAAGUAACCCAAGAGCCAGGAAGCGGCGGCGCUCGGGCGGGGGACAAGCCGGUGGCCGUGGACAUCGCCCACCCGUGGCCGGAGUGGGUGGCGCUGAUGGAGCUCCUCCUCCACAAGGGCCACCUCGACCCCUCCGCCUUCGCCGGCGCCGCGCCGUCCAAGGACUCCAACCUCGUCCGCACCGCCUGCCUCCGCUUCGGGCGCGAGCGCCCGGAGAUCGUCAGGUACCUGUCAAGAUGGGAUAUUCAGGUCGCUCUGCGUGGUGGGUGCCCUAGCAUUGACAGGAAAGUUAUUAAUUCUGGGAAGCGAUUGCGUGCUCAUGUAGGACUUGAUGAAGGAGAGGUUUGCAGCCAAUGCAAUUUAAGGGGAAGUUGUGAGAGAGCAUAUGUAAGGGCUCGUAAAGAGGAAGUGGGCAGAACUGUGGAUGUUAUGCGCAUCCUCCUGACUUAUGGUCUUGAUAUCAUUACUGGUAAUGUGGGGAACAAAGUAUGCCUAAACAAAACUGUUAAAGAAUCCAUUAAGAAACUACUGAAUGAGGUUGUCGAGCUCGAUUCCAAAGGGCCUGGUUCCGCAACUGAUAAAGCUGCACAACGUAUGUCAAAAGGUCAAUCUGCUGUACCUGUGAAGCAGGGUGACUGGAAUUGUCCCAAAUGCAACUUUCUUAACUUUGCAAAGAAUAUCAAAUGUUUGCGCUGCGAUGGCGAAUUUCAAGAGAGAUAUCACUUAAUGCAUGAGGACCAAGAUCAUCUACCCCUCAAAAAAGGUGAUUGGAUAUGCAAAAGGUGCAACUUUUUGAAUUUCGCAAAGAACACACGAUGCUUGCAGUGUCAUGACAAACCAACAAACCGUUUACUCAGUCCAGGAGAAUGGGAGUGUCCUUCGUGUAACUAUCUGAACUUCAAGAGGAAUGCAUUCUGCUUGAAAUGUGGUUGGAAAAGACCAAAAGCAUUAAACGACCAAGACACUAUCGAACCACACCGUGAUCUGGAGCAGAAUAAGCACCCCGCUAUUUCAUUUGUUCAAGAUGGCAUCCAGCCGACAUUGCGAAAGCGACAGCUUGUGCAAAAAAGGGCCCCACUAUCUGAUGAAGAUUCAGAUUUCUGGAGCUCAGAGGAGGCAGGGGACGAUGACGACGACGGCGAUGAGAACAGCAUGCUCCCAAUGCACAGGGACUACAAAUUCCUCGACGGUUUCCCCAUUGUCGGGGGCAGGACUGCUACUUCCCAAGAACCUCUGGAGAGGGAAAAAUGGAAGGAAGAGAUGUCCAGGGGGAACCAGGGGCUUCCAGGAGAGGCAUCAGAAGAAAGUAAUCGGUCCUCCCCUCGUGUUCCCAGAAGCAUGGAGAUGCUCGAGUCUGAGGACGACGACGACGAUAUCUCAUCAUGGUUUUCUGGUGCGAACAGUAGUAGAAACCUGAAAAACAACUUCCGUGAGAACAUGGUACUAUCCAAGGAGCAGAAAUUUAUGGCAGACUACAAUGACAUAUGGUCCAUGUUAGGAAAAUUUGAGGCAGAAAAAAAAGAUGGAGGUGGCAAGGAAAUUGCUUGCCGGCAGCCAAGUCAUCCCUAUUUAUCACUUGGCAACUUGGGCUCCUUCCUCCGCUCCGGCCCCAGUCCAGUACUGUGCGCGCAUCUCUCCUCCUUUUUCUCCCCCCUGAGAGGCUUUCUUUGCUUCACGCGGGGCUCCGGAUAUUCGUUGUCCUCGCGGCUCAGCCACCGCGGAAUCCAUCCAGCGCAGCUCAGGGGGAAGAGGCGGUCGAAGCUGGAGGUGGAAGAGGGGCUCGCCAUGGGCUCCGAGGGAUCCGCGCCGGUCGUAGUUCCCAGAAACUUUAGACUUUUGGAAGAACUUGAGAGAGGUGAGAAGGGCAUUGGUGAUGGAACUGUGAGCUAUGGGAUGGAUGAUGCUGAUGACAUAUAUAUGCGCUCCUGGACAGGAACUAUUAUCGGUCCACCCAAUACUGUUCACGAGGGACGAAUCUAUCAAUUGAAGUUGUUCUGUGAUACAGAUUAUCCAGACAAACCACCGACUGUCCGGUUCCAGGCUAGGGUCAAUAUGACAUGUGUGAAUCAAGAAACUGGAAUGGUUGAUCCAAGACGAUUUCCUAUGCUUGGAAACUGGAAAAGGGAACAUACAAUGGAGGAUAUCCUCAUCAGCCUUAAAAAGGAGAUGUCAACCCCUCAGAACCGCAGGCUCCACCAGCCUCAUGAAGGCAACGAUGAUCAGAGAGUGGAGCAGAAAGGGCUAGCAGCUAGAUGUGUCGUUAUGUAAGAUACGCGCAUUGCAAUGUACAGUGUUACACUGAGUAGCAUCAGAACGCAGAAGCUGAGGAAACCCAGGAGGAAAUCAUGUAAUUUGACAGUCGCUAGUCGCUACUUUGGAUCGAAACUGCUCUAUUGCCGAAAUAAAAUGCCAAUGACUUCGUUAA